AAAACAACAAGCAACUAAGCUUUUAUCAAGUGUUUUCCAUGUCUUCUUCAAGAUCAAUGCCACCGCCUUCUUUGCUGGAAGAUGAAGUCGGAAAAGCUCAUCACCACAGCUCUCCGCCACAACAAAAGUCCAUCCAAAGAAAGCCUGGUGGUUGGAAGUCAAUGCCUUAUAUUUUAGGAAAUGAAUCUUUUGAGAGACUUGCUUCAAUUGGGUUGGUAGCCAACUUUACGGUGUUUCUAAUGACGGUAUUCCACAUGAACCAAGUAUCAGCGUCUAACCUAAUCAACAUUUGGUCUGGAAUUACGAAUUUCACCCCCCUAGUCGGUGCCUUCAUCUCGGAUGCCUAUGUUGGCAAGUUUUGGGUCAUCGCAUUCUCCUCCUUUGCUUCUCUUUUGGGAAUGGUGAUCAUGACCUUAAUAGUGGCAUUACCAAAGUUGCUGCCACCUUCAUGCGCUCACCAACAAGCCCUACUCAACCAAUGUCAGGGUCCAACUAGUAGACAGUUUGGCUUAUUGGUCUUAGCCCUUGGGUUCCUGUCCAUAGGCGCAGGUGGAAUAAGACCUUGCAGUAUGCCAUUUGGCGUGGAUCAAUUUGACCCAACCACUGAUGAAGGUAGGAAAGGCAUCAGUAGCUUCUUCAAUUGGUAUUACACCACCCUCACUGUCAUCAUGCUCAUAGCCGUGACCCUUGUGGUCUACAUCCAAGACUCGGUUAGUUGGGUCUUGGGAUUCAGUAUCUCAACCAUGCUCAUGGCUUGCUCCAUUGUGUUGUUCUUUGUGGGCACUAAGAUGUAUAUUUAUGUCAAACCCGAAGGUAGUAUUUUCUCUGGGAUCGCGCAAACGCUUAUUGCGGCUUACAAGAAACGUAAUCUUGAAGUUGAAAAGGCAAUACUGUAUGAUCCACCUAUUACUAAAGGAACAUAUCAAGUCCCAAAGCUGCCUCUAACAAAUCGGUUUAAGUACUUCAACAAAGCAGCUAUAAUAUUGGACGGUGAAACAAACCUCAAUGGAUCUCAAGUUAGUUCUUGGAACUUGGCAAGUAUACAGCAAGUUGAAGAAGUAAAAUGCCUAAUAAAAGUUAUUCCCAUAUUAGUUUCGGGUAUUUUUUGUUUCACAACAACAAUCCAACAAGGGACUUUCACUGUGUCACAAGCCCUGAAAAUGGAUCGUCAUCUUGGUCCACACUUUCAGAUACCAGCAGGGUCAAUAGGUGUCAUAUCUUUGAUCACCAUCGGGAUAUGGCUCCCAAUCUAUGACAGGAUCCUUGUCCCAUCUCUUCGAAAAAGAACAAAAAUAGAAAGUGGGAUUACGCUCCUCCAACGUAUGGGAAUCGGCAUCGGUUUUUCUAUCUUGGCGAUGAUUGUUGCUGCAUUAGUUGAGAAAAAGAGACGCGAUUCUGCAACUUAUCACAAUCGGCCGGACGGGCUAGCGCCCUUAUCGGUCAUGUGGCUCGCACCACAACUUAUCUUGAUAGCAUUUGCCGAGGUUUUUAACAGUCUCGGCCAAUUGGAAUUUUAUUACAAGGAGUUCCCAGAUAACAUGAAAAGUGUCAGUAAUGCGAUGUUUUGUGUGAUGGCUGGGACCGCGAAUUAUGUAAGUAGUGCAUUAGUUACUGCGGUGCAUAAAGUGACCGGAAAACAUGGACGGUCCGAUUGGUUAACAGCGGAUAUCAAUGUCGGCAGAGUUGAUUACUUUUAUUAUGUGAUAGCUGGAUUGGGGGUGUUGAAUAUGGGCUAUUAUCUUUUAGUCUCAUCUCAAUAUCAAUUCAAGGAAAAGAUCCAAAGUACUGAAGAAGAAUCUGGGUUGGAUAUUGAGUUAAAUGCAUCAAAAAAAUGAUAUCAUUUAGCUUUGUAGAACAUGGUACAAGAGUAUAUAUGUGUUACAAUAUCUACUUGUAAUAAAACCGAAGAUGAAUAUGGUUAUAGUUGUUAUAUAAUGUAUGCAUAUGGUGUACAUUUAAGAAUUGAAUGUGGUUAUAGUUAUUUUACAAUGUAAUUUUGCUUGUGAAAAUAGUAUAUAAUAACU